UUUUUUUUUUUGUUCCUUCUCUUAUUGGAAGAUUUUUAUCGAACACUUGUAAGGAUUAUAGGGUGCCACAGUAUAUACACAGUAAGGAUUUACUUGUUGAUCUAUAAAAUGACAGGAGCUGAACGUUUGUAUUCGACGCUGGUCGCAAACUGCGUCUUCAACGCUUUUUUGUGUUACACCGCCAUCGCGUUGAACAUCAUAACUAUACAAGCACUUAGAAAUACGUCGUCAUUACCAUGCACUUUGAAAACAUUACUCCUGAGUCUGGCUGUUUCUGAUCUUGGGGUGGGUUUGCUUGUCCAUCCCCUUUAUAUUGCUCGUCUUGUAAUGAGCACAGAACAGAGCUCUAACAUCAGUGCUUAUCAUGGGGUAUACACUGUACACCUUAUCAUUGGGUACGUAUUUUCUAACGCUUCAUUUGUGCGCGUUGUCCUUUUAACUGUUGACAGAUUCUUGGCUAUUCAUCUUCAUCUCAGAUACAGGCAACUUGUGACACACAAGCGGGUUAUUGUUGCUGUCAUCUUAAAAUGGCUGUUAAGUUCAGUUUCUUCACUAUUUAACUUGGACAGAAUUUUAGAAAAAGUCAAUGAAACUACAAGUGCAAUCGUUGGAGCUGUUUGUCUCAUAAUUACAGGAUCGCUUUGCUGCAAGAUAUACAGAACCGUAAAACAUCAUAAAAAUCGGAUUCACGCUUUGCAAGUACAGCAAGCAGCACAGAAUGCCGGACAAAUGGCAAAUUCAGCAAGGUUGAGAAAAACUGUUGUAGCAACAUUCUAUGUGUAUAUC